AUGGCGCCAAAGAAGGAGAACCUCCUCCUGCUCGGAGCAACCGGAUACAUUGGAACCGAUAUCCUCGAGCAGGUCAUAAAAGCUAAAGAGUCGUUUGGUCGAAUCGCUAUCUUGACUUCCCCGUCCACAGCUCAAAACAAAGCUGAUGUAUUGGCGAAGCUGAAAAACCAGGGCGUAGAGGUUAUCAUUGGCGACACCUCGAAUUCCUCCGACCUUCUAAACGCAUUCAACGACAUCGACACCGUGAUCAGCGCAGCGGGGCGACCAAUUAUAGCACAGCAGAUAGAUUGGAUAAACAUCGCUAUCCAGGCUCCGUCCGUGAAAAGGUUCUUUCCCUCUGAGUACGGGACGGAUAUUGAGUACGAUGCAAGCUCGGCAAACGAGGUUCCUCAUCAGCAGAAACUGAAAGUUAGAGCAGCGCUCAGGGAGCAGGAGAAAGAAGGAAAGGGGCUGGAGUACACGUUCGUUGUGACGGGGCCUUUUGCGUAUGGGUAUCUGGCUGCUGGGAAAGGUUCACUGGGAUCUUUUGAUGUGAAGGAGAAGAAGGCUGUUGUGCUUGGUGAUGGGAAGGGGAAGAUUAGCUUGACGACGGAUCCUGAUGUGGGCAAACUCGUCGUCGCUGCUCUUCUGCAUCCUGAAGCAGCUAGAAAUCGCGCAUUGAGAGUCAACUCGUUCACUACCACUCCACUGGAGAUAGUUGAAGAGUUUGAAAAGCAAACAGGGGGCGGAAAAUGGGGAGUUGAAUUUAUAGCAUUGGAGAGGGCGAGGGAGCUGGAGAAGAAGGCGUAUGAGGAGGGCAAUCCAUACGCUGUUGUUUUCACGCUAAGAAGGAUUUGGGGUGAGGGUGGCACGCUUUAUGAGAGGAGGGAUAAUGGGAUCAUUGGGGCGGAGGAGGGAUUGGAUGAUUUGACCGACGCUGUUAAGGUGGCAAUUGCGGCUCAGACGGGAGCUUGA